AUGCUGACUGUUGGUGCCAAGAGGUCACGAAUCUACGAUUACCUGCUGGAGCAUGACGAAAACGUCAUCCAGAGCCACAUGGACAAUCUGGCGAGAGUCCAUGCAUCAUCUGUUUCGAACGCGGACGAUAACGACGCUACAGCAAGGGAGAUUGCAGUUUUCCAGGUGGCUGACCCUGAAAACGUUUCGACUGUGUCCGAGACGCCCUGUGGAGAGACGAGAGUGUUAUCACUCGUGUCAAAGCACAUGCGUCGCGUUUACAGCAGAUACAACUAUCAGCUUCUCACGUUCAUGACAAUGAACAAAUUUGGUGAGGGAACAGUCGUUCAGCAGUCGCUGAUUGAGGCUAACGGCGAUUGGCAUAUGGAGAGGGCCGUAGAACACUUCAAACGCUCGCAUCCUACGCGGAUUCAUCUGCUACGAGUCAUUGUCGUGGACAAAAACUUAAACGAGAUUCGCGUGUUGGAAUCGAAAUUUCCGGAGGCCAGAAUCCUGAUCUGUCACUUUCACGAUAUCAAGUAUCUUAAGGAAAUGAGGGCCAAGCCAGAAUUUGGGAAGAUUUCGUCAGAUGAUGCUAGCCAGGUUGACGGAGCUAUUCACAAGAUGGUCUACGCAGUCUGUGAGGAUAUUUACAAGGCGGCGCACAACGCUUUGGAAGGUAUUUGUCAGCGCGUUGGUCUAUAUGGAUUUUAUGAGUAUUUCCAGAAGAACUGGGACUCGUGCCAAGACCGAUGGGUAUACUACCUACGUGCGAAGCUACCUCACUUCAAGAAUCACACUAAUAAUCGACUGGAAAGCUUUUUUGGAAAGUUGAAGGAUGGUGUGGAUGGAUCAAUGAGCAUGGCGAUGUGUGUGAAAGCACUUGUCGCCCACGACCGCCGCGUGUCGAACGAAUACCAAUAUCGACUCUCUCGUAUUGGUCGCUUCGUUAACAGUUCGUACGACGAAGAGAUGACAACGGUUUUACACUUCAAAACCCAUUACGUUGCCCAGCAAAUCGAACAGCAGUAUGCUACAGCGCUUGCAAAAGCGGAAACGUACAAUUACGUGGAUGAUUCUGACGGAGGUGAUUUCGUGGUUGUCAACGGAGUAUUCUCUGAACACAAGUUGAGGACUCAAUUCGAACGCUACAGAGAGGCAGUGAGGGCUACCCACCUUAUUGCCAAUGAAAUGGCGGACAUUGAGGACGAAACAGAAUUCGACGAAAUGCUACAGGUUGUCUUGGACCAGUGGCGUAAUGUCCGCCAACGGAAAAGGACUUCUAACAUAAAGGGUGACGAAGAUGGCAGCGCUGACUCUGACGAACAGGGAGGGGAUUGUGACGUGGUUAAUGACGAUCAAGUCAAGGCUGAGUUUGGUCUCAUUUCCAGUGAAGAGGAUGGAGAUGACGACGUGAAGGGGACCAGGGAAGAUGGAGCAGAAAGCAAAGACGAAAAAGAUCAUGAAGGGAUAGCUGUGAAUAUCCGUCUGAAUCCUAAAGCGAAGAAGGUGGGCAGACCCCCCAAAAAGAAGAAAGCUUCCAGUGCUGGUGAAAAGAAGGACCGAAAAUGGUUUGAAGCUGCGGAAUCAGGCCGAAAGAUUGCUGGUGAAGUGACCCUAACAGCUUUACUCAAUUCUCUGGAUCACGAAAAGCCAGGCCUCGAGGAGACGCAAAGGAGGUUAUCUGGUGUACUCGUGAAACACGGAGAUACAGAGAAGAAAAAACCGAAAUUCGCAGUCAAGUCAAACGUCGAGUCCACAGAGAGCUACUGGUAA